UGGACAGGACAGUGACUUUACCAAGCCAGCCUGACAAAACCACCACAGUGACACUAGUGGAGAGCAGCUCCACACCCAGUGGGCUGGAACUGGUCAGCUCCUACCAGACCAACAGAGUGGGAGACCCUACAGACCUGGUGGCCCUGGCGGAGCAAGUCCAGAAGGGAGAUGAUUUCGUAAAAGCCAAUGCUUGCAACAAGCUGACAGUGAUCGCAGAUCAGAUCAGAUACCUGCAGGAGCAGGCGAGAAAGGUGUUAGAAGAGGCAAAGCGAGAUGCUGAACUCCAUCAUGCUGCCUGCAACAUUUUGAAGAAACCAGGCAAUGUGUAUCACCUCUACCAGAGGCCUUCUGGACAGAAAUACUUCUCCAUUAUUUCCCCAAAGGAAUGGGGACCGAGCUGCCCUCACCCGUUCCUCGGAACAUUCAAACUCCAGCAGGACAUGUCGUGGACYCCUGUGGAUGAGGUAGAGAAGAGGGAUGCUCAGAUGGCCCUCAUGGACAAACUCCUGAGGCAGCAGACAACCUUACCUCAGCACACCAGAACAAACUUCAAAGGCCUGACCGAAUGAAGACUAAAAACUGCAACAGGCUCUGGGUGAAAAAGACUCUGCAUACCCCAGACCACACAGGGACUAAAGUCUGCUGAAGUAUCAGACUGGGACUCCUGAGAUCCUGUUCUCUGCAACAUGUUGGUCUCACACAUGGCUGAGGAGUUUAUCAUUCAGUUUAAGAUUUAAAGCUGUGUGAAACCAAGAGGAACUCUUGAGUUGGAAAUAAAUAGUUAAAUUUUCAAACCCAAUAUGAA